AUGGCGCCCGUCUCAGGCCCUCCCCAUAGGCUGCCUUUGGAUGCUGAUAACUAUGAGACUGAUCCAUGUCUGAAAGAGAUCCGCAGAGCGGAAAAUUAUUCUUGGAUGGAUAUAAUAACCAUACAUAAAGACAAGCUUCCGAACUAUGAGGAAAAGAUAAAAACAUUUUAUGAAGAACAUUUACACCUAGACGAUGAAAUUCGCUACGUCUUAGAUGGAUCUGGCUAUUUUGAUGUUCGAGACAAGGAUGACAAAUGGAUCCGGAUUUCCAUGGAAAAAGGAGACAUGAUAACCCUCCCUGCUGGCAUAUAUCACCGAUUUACACUGGAUGAGAACAAUUAUGUGAAGGCAAUGAGGCUAUUCGUUGGAGAACCCGUCUGGACAGCAUACAACAGGCCGGCUGAUGAUUUUCCUGCUCGGAAGCAGUAUAUGAAGUUUUUGGCUGAAGAAGCACAGUAAUGGUAUCUGAGACCUGACAGGUGGAACAGCCUGAGGCCCUGGCAGAAUAAAUGUGACUGGUGGCUUUUCACUGAUUAGACUUCUAUUUACAUAUACA